AUGCUAUGCGACCGUCUAGUGUGUGGAGUAAUUCAUGAUUGUAUCCAACAGAAACUCCACAGUGAGGGCGAAGGAUUGACGUUAGAAAGGGCGACAAACAUUGCCUUGUCUAUGGAAUCUUCGAUCGCCCAAGCAACUGAAAUCCAAAGUUUUCAACGGAAUGCGGCAAGACUGUUUUCGCUGAACAAGGGACACACCGCAAGAAAGUGUCGAAAGAAAGCUAGAGCCGGUAGUCAGCGUAGCGGAAAGAAGAUAUGGCAACUGACUGAGGAAAUGCAAGCAACAGGUAACACGGAUGAGAGACAUCCUGAAAACGAACACCCAUUCUACAGCAUGUACAAAGUGGGAUUACCAAGAGAAAACUCUAUCAUGAUCGAUCUGGCGAUAAACAACCACGGUAUCCAGAUGGAGUUAGACACUGGAGCAUCAGUUUCGGUAAUAAGCAAAAGCGUCCUGGAAACAACAUUGGGGAAGAAAGUCGAAAUCCAACCAGUCAAGGUCACAUUGCGUACGUAUACUGGGAAAGUUAUCAAACCAGUCGGUGUUGUUAACGUAAACCUAGAUGCAUUGUUUUCAGAAUUCGAGGAGGUAUUUAAAUUUGAAUUAGGAAUAUUGAAAGACACCCUUGUGCAUAUUCCAGUUUCCCCGGUGGCAAAGCGCGGAUUCUUCAGAGCUCGCACUGUCCCUUAUGCUCUCAAAGAUAAAGUAGAACAGGAACUAGACGGACUCGUCAAAAAUGGGUUUAUCAACAUGUCGCAUAUUCAAAGUGGGCCGCACCCAUCGCUCCAGUUCCAAGGGACGACGGGACAUCAUGCAUAUCAACAACUGAAGUUGGACAAAGGGUCAAGGGAAUACUUGACCGUAAAUACGCAUAAGGGAUUAUAUCAACCGACCAGAUUGCAGUAUGGCGUACACUCGGCAUCAGGCAUGUUCCAACGGGAGAUGAAGAAGAGAUUAGGACACAUACCGCGCCUUACGGUUAAAGUAGACGAUAUCUUGAUUGCAGGAACAAGUCAAUCGGACUUGUUGGCAAAUCUAAGAGACACACUUACAGUAAUCAAAAAUUGCGGACUAAGAUUAAAGAAAGAAAAGUGUUCUUUCAUGGUGAACGAGGUGAUAUACUUAGGAUUCAUGAUCAAAAGUAGAGGUGUCGCUCCGGUCAAGUCAAAAUUAGAUCCGAUUCUAAAAUUACUCACUCCAAGCAAUGUCACCGAAUUGAAAUCCUUCCUGGAGAAACCAUUGCUGCUUUCUUGCGAUGCUUCGCCGUAUGGAAUGGGUGCAGUGCUCUCCCAUGGAUUGUCAGAGGGUACCGAAAGGCCCACAGCAUAUGCUUCCCGAACACUAUCUCCUGCUGAACGCAACUACUCUCAAUUGGAGAAAGAAGGUUUGGAAGUAGUUUUUGCGGUCCAGAAAUUUCAUCAAUACUUAUAUGGGCGCAAGUUUACCAUCUUCACGGAUCACAAACCACUAUUGGGUUUAAUCGGCGCUGAUAAAGCUGUUCCCAGCCUUGCAGCUUCUAGAAUUUAG